AUGGCAUUAAUUUCCACUAAUCCUUGCACCUUCUUCUACUCUCUCUCAAGUCUACUUAUCCUUGCAUGGCGCCAAUUUUUCUUUCCUCCACAGGAUCAGGAGGAUGAGUCCACUCCACAACCACCUUCCAUCAAUUCAAGCCUCGGAACCAAUGGAUUAAGCGGUUAUGAUGCAUCUCAAAACGAUGAGACCACGGCGAAAAAUCCCCCCACCUCAUCUAGCCCAUCAACUGAAUUCAGUCCUACAGACAUUGAAAAUGACAGCAAUUUCGUGCCGGGCUCCAGCCAAUCUUCACCAGAACCCGGCAACCAAGUGCAUGCCCUUGUGGACCCAAAGGCCACAUACAAAGCUAUAGCCCCCUUGGCCGUAGCCAUGGCACCAUCCACCUUUGCCUUGGCCAUGAGUCUUCCACUUAAGUCUAACCAGACUUAUGUGGUAGCAGCACUACUGAAUAUUUACUUGCUCAUUUUUGUGAUCUCAGUGGAGCUUGUUGUGCUGAUAGUCUUCAUCCCCCAGUCCAUUAAAGACAUGAUGGUCAUGAAGGGCCUCCUAGGCCUUGGAAUAGGCCUUUUUGUAGUGGCUUUCCCACUUCAAGUGUUGAUUUCUCUGCCCCAUAACUGGAUCUUUAACCCUCUUUGUGGGGUAGCUGCUUUCAUGGCUGCCUUCUUAUUCUAUCUCACUAUGAGGAUCCAUAGAGAUGCCAAUAAAGAGAGAGAGAAUAUAGAGGUAUGACAGUCCAUAGAGCUUCCAUGAAGAGAGAGAAUAUAGAGGUACGUGUGUGUGAGAGAGAGGGUGUUUCCAGGUUUUAAGUUCUAUUUGAGUGCAGUGUGAAGAGUUUGAUAGAGUUUAACAUCUAUGCUUUCUACAUUCGUUCAAUAAGUUGGAUAUUUGGUUUGAGCACAGUGAAAUGUAUGAUUUCCUGGCCAUCCAUGUGUGUUUAAAUCUAUGAAUUCCU